GGUCUCAGGCCUGACCAGAUAAGAUUUCUCAAGACUCCCAGCGACCAGCCCUCUUCCUCUAGCCACGAAUGACCCCCCGGCGCAGGUUGAUAUCAUUUGUCAAACCUCUCCUUGGCACAGGACAUCUUUUCCUGCCACAUUUUCUUUUUUACUCUCUCUUGCAGACAUCAAUAAUAGUAAUAGUGCUAUUAUUACUUUACAAACACAACGAAGCAUCCUGCCUGCUGCAUGAAAUGCCAAUACUCCCCGGGCACUCCCAGCCCAAAUCACAUUCGCUACCUACCUAUGGGGGUACCAUCAUCACAUCGGUGCAGGAGCAUCCCGCACAUCAACCUACAGGACUUAUCACCAUCCCCUCCUUUUUUCCCCCCAUGCCGGGCCAUUACAGGAUCUUCCAUCCUGUGACAUGCGUCAAGGACGAGGAGCUAACUGUCCAAAGGCAGAAGCUUUUCUACAAUCAUAGUGUCUAGAAGGGAAAAAAAAGUGGAAAAAAAGAAGAAAAACUCUUUUCUCCACAGCCCGUUGUCUCCAGGAACUCCUGCUAGUUCCCUAGUGGUACUGUUUUUGGCAAAUAAUACCUUGUUGCUGAUCCGAUUAUGGAGAUUGCAUAUUUUAUCGGCAUUGCGCAUCAUCUUCCAUCUUCAAGCUAGCUUGAUACGAAGCAAUAAGUGGCUCUAUUCUGGGGUUGCACGAGAGCUCGAGUACGAACGGGCAAGCAUACUGUGCCGGUGUUGGUCGUGAUGCAUAUUCCCAAUUCCCAACCUCCGCCUUGUCGGGAUGAUGAGACGACUGCUAUUAAAACUGCGGAGUAGCGUCCAUUGGAGCUAUAGCCGAUGGUGGCCAAGCCUUGACCGCCAUGUUGCAGCUCAUGAACCAAAAAAGAAAAAGCUGCUACAUAGGUAGCCGGUGUCAGAGUACGGGAAGUUGGACCCAUCAGGGGAGCAAGAACUUGUAAGAUACCUUCUUCAGCUCUGCACGCACUAGCGGAUUGGGAAACUGAGGGCCCCCUUCUUUAGCGUUGACACUUGCUCACAAACAAGAUAUGCUGAAACCGCCCAUCAUUGAAGAAUCUGACCUGGAGAAUCGUUUCUGGCCUUAUAGGGGGGAGAGAAUAAAACGAAUGGGAAAAAGAAAAAGAGCCUCAUGGGAAAUACCUGUUGGCCAAGGCUUGGUUUCGGCAUACAUGGAGUAUGACUCAGGGGAAUAGCUCUUGCUGUCCGAGCUAUACCCGGCUGCAUGUCUAGUUUGCGGGUGUGUUACAGGGCCAGUCCUAGUCCUCAUAUACCUAAAAAGAUACGGGGAAUAGCAAUGACGUCUGGAGCAUAGCUGUGCCACGAAAAAAGGUGGGUGGAAUGGAAAAAAUCAAAUAUUGCAUGUACGAAGGAGUUGCCCUGUGGUCACACAAGACAAAUCCCCCAUCAUGACCAGCGGAAUUUUCCUUUACAUUAUGCAUGCACAAGCAUGUACCUCAACUUCUGAUAAUAUCGGACAAUAUAAUCGUCAUUGAGCUUAUACGAAUAUCCAACCGGACCGAUCACCUGCAGUUUGUGUGACCAUCCUCUCGAAGCGGAUAAUGGUUUGUACCAAGUGAAUGCGCCCCGGUGUCCAUGGAGUCUUCUCUCCAUGUUUUAGCAGCUGGUUGAGGAACGUCACAUCUUACCAUGGAGUGGUUUUCGGGACCCCUCGUGCCGGACCUGUACCUUACCUACUCCAGGAGGUAUGACCCAGCCCCAUUUCGUGACUUUGGUAUUCCAUCAUUGCAAAGCGGCAGCUAACCGAUGAGCUGCUAGAAUGUUUCACU